UACAAGUCGGGGUGCAGGUUUCUCUGCUCUUGCCCAACCCUGUUGAUGCAAGGUGACAACAAUCCUCUCUCCCAGUGGCUUCAGACCUCCAUCGCGUCCCACUCUUCCUCAUCUUAUCCUCUUACCCUGGCCACGCAGAGAUAUGGCAUCAGGAUAGGAAGUGCCUGGCUUCAUACUAAACUGCCCGCCGAAGCUCCAAAUAUACACUUUAUUUUUUUUGCAACUUCAAACUUCAAGACUUUUGGAGUGGGAUUUAAAGGUGUAAUCAGUUUAGACUCUCAUCCUGCAGGAUAAAAAGAGAACAGAGCUUCUAUAUUAAAGGGCACUUAAAAGGGGGGACUGAUUCCCCAUGCGGAUGACUAAAAUGAAUAUGGCCUUUUCACCCGAGAAGCACAAAUCCCUUUUCCCUCUCCUUCUCCUCUUCUACGUCCCUCUCAGCUGUCUGUGCCAGACAACCAACAACAGCUCAGUCAAUAUCACAACCAACGCUCCAACCACUUCCUCUCCUUCCUCAAAUGUUACUUCCUUGAAAGGUGUGCCAGGCUGCGGCCAAGGACUGAACCCCAUCUAUAGGUACCUGUGUGACCGUCGGGCAGCUUGGGGUAUUGUACUGGAGACGCUGGCCUCUUCAGGGUUCCUGUUCAGUAUGGUUCUCUUCUUGGGCCUACUGUUCUGGUCCCUGUGGAUCUGUGUUACAUCAAGGCAGAAUCGCAUCGGCAUCGGAGGCACAGUGGCCAACAUGUCCAUGUUCCUGUUGGCCACAGCUGGGAUCUUCGCCAUCACCUUCUCAUUCAUCAUCCAACUCACCCCUCAGACCUGCCCCACCAGGAUCUUCCUCUUCGCUGUGCUCUUCUCCCUGGCUUUCUCCUGCCUGCUGGCUCGCUGCCUUGCUCUGCUGGGCUUCGCAGCGACCCGAGGCUGGGGCGAGCCUGCUGUGGCCCUGGGGCUCUUCAUCGUGCAGGUUAUCAUCUCUACCCAGUUUCUGAUCCUCGUGCUGGUCCGGGAAAAGAAACCUUGCGAGUAUAGCCAGGAGGAAUUUGUCAUGCUGCAGAUCUACGUGAUGUGCCUCCUGGCUAUCAGCUUGAUCCUGUCCCUGCACUUCCUGUGCCGCUCCUGCUUCACAUACAGCUACAGCUACACAGGGGCCACCCACCAGCAGGGGAGGUCACAGGCCAUACUGCUCUGCCUCACGCUGCUGCUUUCCGCCUGCAUCUGGGUGGUGUGGAUCGCCAUGCUCACCAGGGGAAACCCUGAGUUGGGCCGUCGGCCGCAAUGGGACGACCCGGUGCUUAGCAUCGCCUUGGUGGCAAAUGGCUGGGUGUUACUGAUGGGGCAUGGGUUGUCACAGGUCGCCAUCCUCUGCAGGGGGGAGGCCAGGUCCAAGGAUAUCCCUCUGAGCUUCGCAGGCUGGACCAGCCCCAGUGCUGAUAUCCCAGGACUGAACAGCCCAAAGGAAGGGAAAGAAAACGGAAGCUAUGAGAGUGAUGGUGAAAACAGGAGAGGCAGGAGAACUGAGGCAUCGCUGCGAUCGCCCUACGAGUCUGAAUUCUCCAUGACAGAAAUCGACCCUGACAAAGACUUCACCAUCCCUCGCCCUCAGACCACCAACUACAGGGAACCUUAUGAUGAAUAUUACGGACAUGACUAAAAUCACACUCACAUUCAUGUCUGGUUCACACAAACUCACACACACACAGGCACAUAAACUGAUACAUAUCAAAACCAAAGUUGAACUCAUGCACUAAUCUGUACUUAAAGCACUUGGCACAAAAAUGUAUUUUUCUACGUUUCAUUUUCGUGUAUUCGUUCACUGUUGUAAGAAAUGUUACUUCAGAUCUGCCACGAGGAUGUAAAAUCCUCAAAAAGAAGAAAGAAAGAAAAAAAGACUCAGUAGUAUGACUCAUCUGCUUGAGUUUCAUCAUCGAAGCUGGAUGGGUCCAAAUAGUCCAGCUUUCUUCUGGUGGGAAAUCCACUUCACAAAUGCUGAGUGAAAGUGAGUCUCUCUGAUGGUGUGUGUGUGUGUUCACAUUGUGUGCUACUCUGAGAUGGUAUACAAUAGCCCUGAGGUGAUAGAAGAGGCGUGAAACUGUCACUCAUAAGGUGCCAAACUGCUGAGCAGAGCAGAGGCAUCUGUGAACGCUAGAGAGGAUGCAUAAAAGGAGAAGGAAUGAGAGAGGAGAGGAAGGGAAGAUGAGAUGAGAUGAGACAAGACAGGAGGAGGAUAGGACAGGAGACCUGUCAGCACUGUGGGAGGCUUGUGCCAUCACUGAUUAACAUCUUCAUAUUCAAAAGUUACAUUACAGUUGCCGGGUUCUGUCGGUGCUGCUGCGCCCAAAACAAGGGAUGUGUGUAUGUUAAAAGAUAUGAGGUAUACAAGGUACGCCUCUGUCCAGCAACACAUAUUCUAAUGAUUUUCUACAUGUUUGUGACAAGUGUUAUCAAUAAAAGGUUUGUCUAUAAAA